AUGUUUUUAAGUAAAGAAAGUGUUAAUCCACGUAUAUUGUGCAACGUUCUGGCACCAAUAUUUAUAUGUGGCUUUUUGGGUAAUAUUAUUUGUAUAAUAGUUUUCCUUCGUCGCCGUUUUCGUACACGUUCAAUAAGUGUUUAUUUCGUUGCCUUAUUCUUUAAUGAUUGCUUACUUUUAUUUAUAUCUCACAUUGCUAAAAUGUUAAUAUUUGAUGCAUCAUCAUCAUGUUGGUUUAACAUUUUUUUAUCAAAAUUUAUCGAUAUUAUUUAUUAUCGCGAAAUGAUCUAUCGACAAGGUUUAGCGGUGCUAACGUACAAUACAACUUAUACACAAAUUUCUAUGCUUAUUUUCAUGUUUAUGUCUAUACAGCGCGUACGAACAUUUUCAUCUAUAUCAUAUCGUGAAAGUCGGAUGUGCGCACUUAUGUUAACAUUGAUUGCAUUUGUUUAUGGAACUAUUGUUUCAUAUUUGCAAUUAUAUGAUGCAUUUUGUAUAGAAGAAUUAAAUUUAACAGAAAAUCAGUCAUUAAAAAUUGAUUUAUUAAUAAAUAAUACGAAAAGUUUGACGAAUACAAAAUGUACAACAACAACAACAACAACAACAAACACAGCUAUUGUUGUAACAGACUUUAUAAAUAAUUUCGUCACUAAUACAACGACACAUUUUCCUCGAUCUGUAGCAAUUACUUCAACCAUAUUUUCUAUUUCAACAUCAACAAUAUCUACAUAUAAUUAUCAGCAAACAUCUUUAUCAUCAACUAUUAAUAAUAACAACAAUUCAAUUGAUGUUAAUAGUAAUUCAAUGUGCUACUCAGAAACCGAUUGGUAUCGUAUUCGUCAUCGUACGAUAGCUUAUGUUUAUCUUCAAUCAUAUAUGUCAAUUGAUUGGACCGAUGAACAUGCCCAACGUUCAACAUGUCAUCUUGAAAGUAUUUUACCUCCCUAUCUUCUUACAUCGAUACAUAAUUUAACAUGGCCACUAUUGAAAUCACGUCCUGGCAAAGAUUAUUUUCAUGAACAUCAAUUUUGUACACAAGCAUAUCAUUUUAUUGGUUCAUAUGCUAAUUGUUCAUUUCGUCUAUCACCUGCAACUUUUAGAAAUUGGUAUAAAUUCUUGUAUGAUCGUCGUUUAUCAUUAAAGAAUCGUUAUACAAUUGGCUUUAUUAUUGGUACAUUUAUUCCAUCAUGCAUCUGUGUAAUAUCAUCAUUUGUUUGCCUUUAUUAUAUUGCAAAUCGACCUUCCAUACGUAAACAUAGUCAUUCACGUGCUGAACUUCGUUCAUUAUCGCUUAUAUUAGUUGAAAUAUUAUUAAGUUUAUUAAAUGCUCUACAAUCGUAUAUAAUUAAUUUUUUUACAUGUCACCGUUUAUUAUUUCGUAUGGAAUCGGACAAUUGCUACGGGCAAUCAAGUAAUAAUAUUUUACCAAAUUUUCUUGGUAGUAUACUUGAAUUAUUUACAUCAACAUCUAAUAUAUUAAUUUUGAUGAUAUGCGGCGCACAAUUUCGUAAUGAACUUAUAGAAAUUCUUAAUUUGAAAAACUGUUUUCCAAGAAAACAACAAUAUCAACAAGCAAAUUUAUCAAGUCAACAUAAAAGAAUUCGUAAACAUUCAAGAAUAAAUCCACCUCAUCAUAUCGUAUCAUCAUUACCAUCAUUACAAAAUGGAAACAGUAAACUAGAUGAUAUACUAGAUGAACCAUCGAUAGAUUCAAUUAUUACUUCACUUCACAACAAAGAAUAUAUAAGUAUGUCGGAAGUCGAACAACCAUCGGAUGAAACUAGUCAAUAUCCUGUUAAAUCUACUGCAGUUUAA